AUUAGCGGGGACAGCGAGGCGAAGCUGCGGAAUCUCUUUCUCGACGCCCUCGCCGCCGCGCCGAGCAUGGUUUUUAUUGACGAGAUCGACACCAUCGCGGGGCGGCGGGAGGAGGCCUCGCGCGGGAUGGAAAGCCGGCUGGUGGCCCAGCUUUUGACCUGCAUGGACCGCCUCGCGCAGGCCUGGCGGACGGCCCACAAGGUCGUCUGCGUGAUGGGCGCGACGAACCGCGCGGAGGCCCUGGACAGCGCCCUCCGCCGCGCCGGGCGCUUCGACCGCGAGAUCGCCCUCGGGAUCCCGUCUUUGGACGAGCGCGUGAGUAUUCUUCGCCGGCUCUGCGAGACGCUGAACCUCGCCGGGGAUGUAGACUUUUUCGAGCUGGCGACCCUCACCCCGGGCUACGUCGGGGCGGACCUGCACCUGCUGAUUAAGGAGGCCGGCAUCCUCGCGAUCCGGCGGAAGUACCGCGAGCUCCAGGCCCACGCCGACGCCGGCGAGCCCGAGGGGGUGGGCGAUUCCGGCGAUUGGGCGGCCUCGGCCCUCGGCGACGGCGGGGCGGACCUGAGCGGCUUUUGCGUCACCUUCGACGAGUUCAAGGCCGCGACGCGGCGGGUGCAGCCGUCGGCGAUGCGCGAGGGCUUCACGACGGUCCCGGACGUGAGUUGGGCCGACGUCGGCGCCCUCGAGGACGUCCGCGCGGAGCUGCUGACGAGCGUCCUGCAGCCCAUCCGCGCCCCCCGCCUGCACGCGCGCUUUGGGCUGGAUGGCCCUGUAGGGGUCCUGCUCUACGGCCCCCCGGGCUGCGGGAAGACGCUCGUCGCCAAGGCGAUCGCGAACCAGUCCGGCGCGAACUUCAUCUCGAUCAAAGGCCCGGAGCUGCUGAAUAAGUUCGUGGGGGAGAGCGAGCGCAGCGUGCGCGGGGUCUUCGCGCGCGGCCGGGCCAGCGCCCCGUGCGUGCUCUUUUUCGACGAGCUCGACGCCCUCGCCCCCCGCCGCGGCUCCGACCGCGCGAACCCGAGCAGCGAGCGCGUGGUGAACCAACUCCUGACGGAGCUCGACGGGGUGGAAGGGCGGCGGGGGGUCUACGUCAUCGGGGCGACGAACCGGCCCGACAUGAUCGACCCCGCGAUGCUGCGGCCCGGGCGGCUGGAUAAACUCCUGUACGUCGCCCUGCCGUCGCCCGGGCAGCGCGGGGCGAUCCUGCGCACCCAGGCCCGGCGCUACCCCGUCGACCCCCACGUCGACCUCCAGGCCCUCGGCGAGGACGACCGGCUCGAGGGCUUCAGCGGGGCCGACCUCGCGGCCCUCGUCCGCGAGGCCUCCCUGACGGCCCUCAAGGCCGUCUACGCCGCCCGCUCGACCGCCGCGCUGGAGGAGCUCGAGCGCGACCUCUCCGGGCAGUCCCUCCAGGACGCGGCCCUCCCGGCCAUCCAUCUGAGCGACUUCGAGGAGAGCCUGCGGAAGGUCCGGCCCUCCGUCUCCGCGCUCGACCGCGCGAGCUACGAGUCCCUCCACCGGAAAAUCCAACAAUCGAGCUAA